AUGGCGACCACAACCACAAAAGACGACAAUAAGACUGUUGAUGAGAAUGCUCUUGACCACACUACCAGCUACAAUGAUGGCGAGGUACUCACGGAGGAGAUCGACGAGGCCUACCUCCGCGCCUCAAAGACCACAAAGUUCUACAGAGGUGUUCUGUUCCAAAUGAUCAUGUUCGGAACACUGUCGUUUGUCGGCCCAGCUAUGAACGACGCCAUCUCCAACCUCGGCGGCGGAGGUCUCUCGACACCAUACCUGGGAAACCUCGCGACAUCGCUGAACUACAUAUCUGGUUGUUUGAUCACUCUCUUCGGAGGCCCUUUGAUCAACAAGAUCGGUAUCAAGUGGUCUUGCGUGAUCUCCGGUGUAGCGAUGCCUCUUUUGGGCUCAGGCUGGUACGUCAGUGCAAAGUAUGGCGUUGACUGGUAUCUGCUUCUGGCAAAGGUGAUCACUGGUUUCAGUCUAGGUUUCCUAUAUGUCGCCGAAAGUACAGCCAUGCUCUCAUACCCCAAGGCGAACGAUCGAGGUUUCUAUCUAGGUAUCUGGUCUGCCAUGCGAAACUCUGGUAGUGUAAUGGGUGGUGCUAUCAACUUCUCCAACAACCACAGUAAAGCAAAUGCAGGCGGCAUUGCAUUGUCGACUUAUCUCAUCUUUGUCGCGUUUGAAUGCACAAGUCCAUUCUGGGCUCUCUUGCUUACACCAACAAGACGAGUCCGCCGCCCUGAUGGUACCAAAAUCCCAAUGAGCGAAAAAUCAACCUGGAAGCAUGAGUUCAAUGCUUUGUGGAAGCACAUGCAGCGACCAAAGACUUGGCUCAUGUUUGUUCCCGCCUUUUACUCCUUCUUCUAUGGAGGAAGUAUGGGUACAUAUCUGAACCUGCAUUUCUCCGUCCGAGCUCGUGCAUUGUCUUCUAUGGUCAUGCCCUGCCUUGUUAUCGUCAUGGUGAUUGCGUACGGAAAGCUUCUCGACACUGCUCACUGGUCACAGAAGAAGCGAGCCUGGAUUGCUUUCGCCUUCUGGGCUAUUCCUCAAGCUGCAUGCUUCAUCUGGAUCGGCAUUGAGUACAGCAAGUUUGGCGGCGGGGCUACUGACGCAUUGGACUAUAAGCUACAUACCAAGAGAUGGGUCGAAGCUUACCUGCCAUACCUCAUUAUGUUCUCGACCGGCUACUGGUGCCAACUUUCCAUCUACUGGAUUCUCGGCACGUUCUCUACCGACGUCGGCUCCUCUUCCCGCACUGGCGGUCUGUUCCGAGCUUUUGAAACUGCAGGACAAGCUGUCUCGUAUGCUAUCAAUUCCAAGACUGGAUCAGAUGCGAGAAUCCCGUUCUAUGUCAACGCAGGUCUUCUAUUACUUACUAUCCCUAGUAUGGUGUUUCUGAUUCGACUGGUUCCUGAGGCGCCUGCCAGUACCGAUAUCGAUGUUGAGCCUGUCACUCACGGGGUGCAGGACUCGGAUAAUAAAUGA